UAUGCGCCGCGCUCCUCCCGCGGGCCGCUCUGGCCCCGUCGUCUCGCUGCGCCUCAUCGGUCCCGGGCUGCGCCUCUCUAUGGGCCGCGGGGGCAGCGGAGUGUGCGGCAGGCUGGAUUAUGACAUUCUCUUCACCUUUUGGACUGUGCUAACUGAGCAGCCUCCAAAUUGCGGGGAGAUCCAAACCCCAUCAUGGACUCCUUAUUGGAUGGCUGCCUGAGGUUGCUGGUAACCCUGCUUUUAGCCCUGUGUGGGAUCCGCUGGGCCAGCGGUGGCGACUGUAAGGGGCACCGCCAGGUCCUGCGCAGUGCGUCAGGCUAUGUGACAGAUGGACCUGGCAACUAUUCUGUCAACGGCAACUGCGAGUGGCUAGUGGAAGCUCCCAGCAGCAGCUACCGCAUCCUCUUGACGUUCAUGUUCAUGGACACCGAAUGCACCUAUGACUACCUUUUCAUUUACGAUGGAGAUUCUCCCAGCAACCCUUUGCUGGCCAGCCUCAGCGGCAGCACCCUACCCCCCACCAUCGAGGCCACCUCUGGCAAGAUGCUGCUUCACCUGUUCAGUGACGCCAACUACAACCUCCUGGGCUUCAACGCCACCUACACAGUCUCGCUGUGCCCAAUGGGCUGCUCGGGACACGGGAUCUGCGACAACGACGGGCGCUGCACAUGCUUCCAAGGUUGGGGCGGCGAGGGAUGCUCCAUGCCUGACUGCGUCACCUACUGCCAGAGCCAUGGCAGCUGCAGCCAGGGCUCAGAUCAUUGCCGGUGCGAACCUGGCUUUGUGGGCCGGGCCUGUGACUUAGCCCUGAGCGAGAACCAAGGAGCCGGCAAGUGGUACAACGUCAGCGCCCGGGAUCCUAGUUUCCGGCCCCGCACAGCAGCGGCUGGUGCCUUCUUGCCCUCCACUGGAGGACUGUACAUCUUUGGAGGUUUGGAUCUGAACACGGCCCUGGGGGACCUCGUCUUCUAUAACUUCACCACUAACGUCUGGCACCGGCGAGUGCUCAGCCCCUCCCCGUCGGCCCGCCACUCUCACGUCGCUGUGGCAUGGGAGGGCUUCCUGGUCCUCUUUGGGGGCGAACUGGCCAGCGGCUUUCUUACCAACGACGUCUGGAUGUACCUGCCCUGGGAAGGCCGUUGGCAGGAGCUGGUGCCCCUCAACACCACCUGGUUUCCUCCACCUCCCGGGCUGGCCGGCCACGCCUCUGCCGUUGUGGAUGAAUGGCUUUACAUAUUUGGAGGCCGCACCUCGGUGGAUGUCUUUUCCUCACAGAUGUACCGCUUCCAUCUGAGGAUGUGGCGCUGGGAGUUGGUGGUGCCCUCAGGCGGCAAGGCUCCCGCGGCCGCAGGCCACUCCAUGGUGUUCCACGCAGCCUCCCGCACUCUCCUGGUUUACGGCGGGCACCGACCCUCAACUGCUCGCUUCAGCGUGCGAGUAAACACCACCGACCUCUUCCAUGUGGACCUGCGCUAUUGGAGCACGUUGCGUGCGAAGGACUCGCACCGGGGACCUCGAGAGCGGGCCUUUCACUCUGCCACGGUCAUUGGCAACUACAUGGUUGUGUAUGGGGGCAACGUCCACAUCCACUACCACGAGGAGAAAUGUUACGAGGACGAAAUCUUCUUCUACCACCUGGGCUGCCACCAGUGGGUCUCCAGUCAUGAUCUGGCACCUCCACUCUCCCACGAACACGAGGCCAAGACUCAGGCCCAGGCGCGAGGCCGCUACUCCCAUGUGGCGGCGGUCAUGAACGGGAACGUGCUGGUUGUGGCUGGUGGCUACAGCGGGGUGCCGCGGGGAGACCUCCUGGCGUACAAGGUGCCCACUUUUGUCUUCCAGGUGCCUUCUCAGAUGUACCACUUGGACUACUGCUCCAUUUACACUGAAAAAACCACGUGUGCCAAGGACCCAGAAUGUGCCUGGUGUAUGAGAGGCUGCCAGAGUACCCAGCCGCACAGCACUUGCCCCAAUACUGGCUGCCUGGGCUUGGCCCGCCUCUUAGUGGACUGCCAGUCAUGCCUGGCUUUCGGCGGCACCAACGCUUCUCUGCCUCGUGCCCCGGGACCCUUUGGCUGGUGUGUGCAGAACGAGACCUGCAUGCCUCUCUCAGAGCAGGGCAGGUGCCAGGUGGGCAAAAUCUCUGGGACGUAUGGCUGGUGGGGUCCUCAGCCCUUCUUUGUCACUUCCUUGGCACAAUGUCAGCAUGAAAACUUCCUUCCCGGCCUUCACCUCAUCACCUACCAGCAGCCACGCAACGAUUCCCAGCCUGAUAAGGUCUCCAUCGUCCGCAGCACCACGAUCACCCUCAACCCCAGCACAGAGAUGGACGUCUCCCUGGUCUACAAGGGCUUCAUUCACCCGCUGGUCAGCAGCUCCGGACCUGCCGAAGACAUCUCAAUCUGGGCACGCAUCCAGCGCCUCUUCGUGAUUGCCAAGCUGGCCCGGGCCCCUGGCGCGUCUGAGCUGGAGGAGGUGGGCCGCUGGGCAGUGCAGCAGGAGAAAGAGAAGCGGCUACUGCAGCGCCCCGGGACCGAGCGCCUCUUCCCCAGCACCGAGAGGGGCAAUAAGUACACCGUCCUGGUCGAGGGCCACCUCAACAACUCCGGCAACGGGCAGACGAGUGAGCUGACCCUCACGUGGGAUCGCACAGGAGUGCCUGGGGGCAGCGAGAUCUCUUACUUCUUCCUGGAGCCUUAUCGCUCAGAGCUGUGCUCCACCUACCGCUCCUGCCUGGCUUGCCUGGCCGACCAGGGUUGCGGCUGGUGCCCGGUCAGUGCCACCUGCCACCGUCGGCUGGCGCAUAAGGACGGUGCCGGCGGCUGUGGCACUGGCAGCGUGCGCCUCAUCCUGGCCCCCGGCAACUGCAUCCUGUGCGAGGACUACCGAGACUGCCACGCCUGCAGCAAGGACCCGUUCUGCGAGUGGCAAGUGAACAGCAGCAAGAAGGGGGACUUCCUCUGCAGCCGCCGGGGCCGCCUCCCCAGUGCGAUCCGCUCUCCGAAGGACUGCCCCAAACUCUGCAACCAGCGCAAUACCUGCUCCGAGUGCCUCUCCAACUCCAGCCAGUGUGCUUGGUGCCAGUCCACACGUAGCUGCUUCUUCUUCGCUGCCUACCUGGCCAAAUACCCCUAUGGAGACUGUCGUGGUUGGUAUGACAGCGUGCACUCUGUGCCCCAGUGCCUGGACUGCACCCGGUUCAACACCUGCCGGGAAUGCCUGCAGAACUUUGAAUGCGGUUGGUGCGGCAACUCGGACAACCCCACCUUGGGCAGGUGCCUCCCCGGGGAUUUCUCAGGCCUCAACACCUUCCUGAACUGCUCGGUGGCACUCUGGGAAUCUCAUGGGCUGCUUCCUACCCACCCGGCCCAGUGGUCCUAUGGGCAGUGCCCAGAUGUGGACGAGUGCCGCCUGGGCCUGGCUAACUGCCACCCCUUUGCCAGCUGCAAGAACACACCCGACUCCUUCAAAUGCCACUGCAACCGAGGCUAUGCGGGGGACGGGGUGGCGUACUGCAACCAGACCUGCUACGACGAAUGCGCACACGGUGAAUGCAGCGGGGGCCCCAACUUCACCUGCGUGUGCGACUUGGGCUGGACCUCUGAGACUAUCAUGGGAGCCACCCCACCGCCAAGUGGGGUACAGUGCAAUGUGGACUGCGGGUGCCACUUCCACAGCAGCUGUGGGCUCAGCGGGCCCGGCGUUUGCGACGAAUGCCAGAACUGGACCCAUGGCGAGCGCUGCCACCUUUGCCGGCCUGGCAGCUACGGGAAUGCCACAAACCAGAGUGGCUGCCAGGAGUGUGCCUGCAAUGGGCAUGGCCUGGAGGAGAUGGGCUAUUGCCACGGGGCCACAGGAGCCUGUUACUGCGCCCCACCCACCGAAGGGCUUCACUGCGAGCGCUGUGCCCCCGGCUACUACGGGGAUCCCAGAAACGGGGGCGUUUGCUACCAGGAGUGUGUGGGGCGCUCCUUGCUUGCCAACCUCUCUUCCUCUUCGUCGUUGAGCUCUCAGCGGGCUGGGGGCCCCCCGCAGGGCGGGCUCUCCUACUGCGUCUGGGUCUUGUCGACCACUGAGGACAUGCAGCCCUGUCGGCCUGAGCAGAUCUGCCCUACGAUCACCCUCACUAUUCAACCUGAUACCCUCUGUAUGAAUAACUAUGUCUAUGCCUUUGACGGACUUCCUGACUUCCUGGACACGGGCCUGAUCCAAUUGGAUCGCACUCUCAUUGGGGCUUUCUGCGGCCAGGGCCGUCCCCGUCCCAUCACUGUGGAGGCCGUAUCAGGCCUUCUGGUCAUCUACUAUGAGGCCAACUCCACCGAGGCUUCGGGCUUCAACGCUACCUAUACGGUGCACCGCUGCCGCCCCAGCUGCCACCCCAACCAGGAGUGCCAGGAGGGAAGCUGCAUCUGCAGAAGUGGAUACACAGGGCCCAGCUGCCAGUUUCAGAUCUGCCCGGGCAACUGCAGCGCUCACGUGGGACAGGGGGUUUGCAACAGGAGCCUGGGCCUGUGUGUUUGCAGCGAUCGGUUUGCCGGCAAAGAUUGUUCCAUCCCUCUAGAUGCUGGCAAGAUCAUUUGGGAGACCUUGAUCGACACCCAGCUGACAGCUGACACAGCCAGCCGGUUUCUUCACCGCCUGGGCCACACCAUGGUGGAGGGGCCGGACACCACGCUUUGGAUGUUUGGGGGCAUGUCGCUGCGAGAGGGGAUGCUGGGCAACGUGUACAGAUACUCCAUUGCCGAGCGCCGCUGGACCCAGAUGCUGGCAGGGACGGAGGACAGAGGCCCAGGGCCCAACCCUCGGUACUUUCACGCGGCCGCCUACAUCCCCUCCUGCAAGGCAAUGUAUGUGCUCGGUGGACUGACGACCGACGGGGUGGCCAACGACUUCUGGCUGCUCAACCUCACAACUUUGCAAUGGAGGCUUGUGCAGGACCCUCUCAUCCCAGCCGUGGCUGGUCACACACUCACGGCUCGGCGUGGCUCUUCCUUGCUCCUCAUCGGCGGCUACUCCCCUGAGAACGGCUUCAACAAGAAACUGCUGGAAUAUAACGUUGUGUCGGAGAGCUGGCGUGCCGGGAGCCAGGCUGGAACGCCCCCUACAGGUCUGUACGGACACUCGGCUGUGUACCAUGAGGGCACGGAUGCCAUCUAUGUCUUUGGCGGCCAUCGCUUCCACGUGGAGAUGGUUUCUGCUUCCCCUGAGCUCUACAGCCUUUAUUAUCCCAACCUGACCUGGAGCUUGCUGGCUCCAUCUCAGGGGCCAAAGCCGCUGGCUCACUUCUUCCACGUCGCAGCAGUACUGAAGGACACCAUGGUGGUGAUCGGAGGGCGCACAGAACGCGAGAAUUUCACCAACCACCUUUUCUUCUACCAGCUAAACUGCAACACCUGGAUCCUACCCAACAGCACAGCAGAAGCAGUCGUGGGAGAGCCCAUCAUGGAGUCCAUUGCCCACGCCGUGGCCGCUGUCGGAGGGCGCAUCUACCUCUCCGGGGGCUUCAACGGGGUGGCGCUGGGGCGCAUGGUGGCCCUCUCCGUGCCCUCCGACCCUUGCCUCAUCUUCAGCAGUCCGGAAGCCUGCAACAGGUCCAACGCCAGCUGCACCUGGUGCCACACCAGCUGCCUCUCUGCGGAUGCUGCCGAGAGGCAGGGCUGUUCUGGUGGGACCUCCUGCUUCCCCACACCAAGGUCCGCAGAUGAGUGCCGCCGGUUGAGGACCUGCAGCGAGUGCCUUGCCCAGCACCCUCGUGCCAUGGCCCACAGCCUGGGCAUUCCAGCCUUACCCCAGUGCAAGUGGUGCACCAACUGCCCCGAGGGCGCCUGCAUCGGCAGCACCGGCAGCUGCACCUCGGAGAACGACUGCCGCAUUAACCAGCGCGAGAUCUUCGUCGCCAGCAACUGUUCGGAGAUCUCGUGCGAGGCUUCGGACUGCGCCAAGUGCACGGCUUCUGGGAAGUGCAUGUGGACGCGGCAGUUCAAGCGCACAGGGGAGACAAGGCGUAUCCUGAGCGUUCAGCCCACCUACGACUGGACCUGCUUCAGCCACUCUCUCCUCAACGUGUCCCCCAUGCCGGUGGAAUCGUCGCCUCCGCUGGCCUGCCCCACGCCGUGCCACAACCACAGCACCUGUGGGGAAUGCCUGAGCUCCAAGGGGGCCGACGGGGGCUGGCAGCAGUGUGUCUGGAGCGUCAGCUUGCAGCAGUGCAUGAGCCCCACGUACCUGCCCAUGCGCUGCGCGGCCGGGAUGUGCGGCCGAGUGCUGAGCGGGGCCGAGAGCUGCACCCCGUCCUGCUCCCGUUUCCAGCAGUGCGCCCUCUGCAUCCAGCAGCCCCGGUGCGGCUGGUGCGGCCUCCGCGGCGAGAACGGCAAAGGGCGGUGCAUGGAGGGAGGGAGGAGCGGUCCUCACCAUGGAUUGGUCGAGUCGUGUGGCCUGAAAGCAGACUGGGCCUUCAUGGCGUGCCCUCCUGAGAACGAGUGCCUGAACGGGCACCACGACUGCAACGAGACCCAGAACUGUAACGACCUGCCCCACGGCUACAAGUGCACCUGCAAGAACGGCUACAUGCUGGACAAUGUGACGGGGCUGUGCAAGCCGGUGUGUGAGCAGGGCUGCGUGAACGGGACCUGCGUGGAGCCCAAUGCCUGCCAGUGCCACUUCGGCUACGUGGGCCAGAACUGCUCCGUGGAGUGUCAGUGCAACAAGCACAGCAACUGCCAGGGGGUGGAGGCCCAGGACCAGUGUUUGCAGUGCUUCAACAACACCAUGGGGCAGCACUGUGAAAAAUGCCAGCCGCUCUUUGUGGGGUCGGCUCUGAGCGGCGGCUCCUGUCGCCCCUGCAACACUUUCUGCCGGGGAAACAGCAACGUGUGCAUCACGCGGGAGGAGUACGAGAGAGCCCGCCGGGAUCCUGCCCGCUUCCCGCUGGAGCCGGCCUUGAUCCCCAAAUGGGUGGCAGAAGGGCCAGCUGAGGACGCCGCCGUGUGCGUUAACUGCCAGAACAACAGCUUUGGGGAGAAAUGCGAGAGCUGCCUUCACGGCUACUUCCUGCUGGAGGGGAAGUGCACCAAGUGUCAGUGCAACGGCCACGCUGACUCGUGCAACGAGCUGGAUGGGACCGGCUGCCCCUGCCAGAACAACACGGAGACGGGAGGCUGCCAGAACAGUGCCCAGUCAGACAAAAAGGACUGCUAUAAGCAACAGUGCGCCAAGUGCCGCGAGUUUUUCCACGGCAACCCGGUGGGUGGCCACCAGUGCUACCGGCUGAUCAUCGUGGACCAAGAGAGCUGCUUUGACCCUACAUCACAGCUCAACUGCUUCCACGAGCCCAACAUCAAGAACCUGCUGCUUGGCCGCUCCGUCUUCUUUGGCGUCCAGCCCAAAUUCACCAACGUGGACAUCCGCAUCACCAUCGACGUGACCUUUGGUGGGGUGGACGUCUACAUCUCCACCUCCUACGAGAUGUUUGUGGUGGACGUGGACCGGGUCACGGGCUUCCACUCGGUGCGCGUUGUGCCGCCGGGGGAAGAAGCGGGCGGGCGCAGCGGCCUCAGCAACGGGAGCCAGCCCUCUCCGGCCGUGCGAGAGGCGCAGACCCACGGGCUCAUCACCUACAUCACUGUGCGGGAGCAGCAAGCGGUGCUGGUCGUGCGAGCCGUCCGAGACCGAGUGGUCAUCACCUACCCGCAUGAGAUCCACGCCCUGAAAUCCAGCCGUUUCUAUGUCAUCCUGCUGGGCAUCGGGGGCACCAGCCCCAACGUCACCGAGUCCCAGGGGCUGCUCUUCUUCCGCCAAGACCAGGCCCACAUCGACCUCUUUGUCUUCUUCUCCGUCUUCUUCUCCUGCUUCUUCCUCUUCCUCUCUGUCUGCGUCCUGCUCUGGAAGGUCAAGCAGUUCCUGGAUUUGAGGCAUGAGCAGCGGCGACACCUGCAGGAGAUGACCAAGAUGGCCAGCCGGCCUUUCGCUAAAGUGACCAUCUAUUUCGAGCCGGAUGCGCUGGGGGCUGCGGCCGAGCUGGUCUUCCUCCCCGCGCGCCCCCACAAGCACCCAGCGCUGGCCGCUGCCCAGCCGAGCCGGUUGAAGCCAUACCACGAGGUGCCCUAUCCUGUGGCCCACUUCCGACGCUCCGAGCCCUUCCUCUCCCACCUGAUGGGCUACUCCUACUCCAGCUUUCGGGUGGGACCCAUCACCCUGGAGCCGACGGACGACGGGAUGGCCGGGGUGGCCACGGUCCUCUUCCAGCUGCCCGGAGGACUGCAGGCCCCCAACCGUGCCUGCCUGGGCUCUGCCCUCGUCACCCUGCGCCACAAUCUCCAGGACUACUGCAGCAGCAGCCACGGAGUCAGCAGCUCCCGCAAAGGACUCCUCAGCCACGAGAACCUCACGAGCAUGUCCCUCUGAGCUGCCGGGGGAGCCCUGCCGGGCUUCGGGAAGGGAUGGGACUCGUUGCUUGCA